AUGUUCCUCCUCCUAGUGGUCGCCUUCUCUCUGUGCCGCUCACUGCCGGCGGCGGCGGGGGCGACGGAGGCCGAGGCGCUCGUGAGAUGGAAGGCCAGCUUGGAUCCCGCGCCGUCGCUGGCCUCUUGGAGGCUGGGCCUCAACGCUUCCGCCGCCAGCCCCUGCAGCUGGUCCGGCAUCACCUGCAACUCCGCCCGCAGCAGCGUUGUCGGGAUCAAGUUGGCCGACCAUAAGCUUACUGGAACCACGGCUAAUCUCGAUUUCCCGUCGUUACGCAAUCUCAUUCGCCUCAACCUCGCCAACAACAAGCUGACUGGUUCCAUUCCCGCCAACAUCUCGGUGCUGUCCAAGCUCUCCUACCUCGAUCUGAGCAACAACUUUUUCAACGGUACUCUGCCCCCGGAGAUCUCUCAGCUCUCGGAGAUCCUCGAGCUAGACCUCUCCCAUAACAAACUCGGGGGACAGGUCCCGCGCCAGAUAAGCCGUCUCCGCAAGUUGAGCUACCUUGACCUCUCCCAUAACGAAUUCACCGGCCCGAUCCUUGACACAGUGGCCGGAAAUCUGACGAUGCUCGAGAUCCUCUACCUCUACGAGAACAAGUUCACCGGACAAAUACCGAUCUCCAUUUCCAGCCUUACCAGGCUUGAAGAGCUCAGUCUCGGGGCGAACAACUUCACCGGGGGGAUUCAGCCUUCUCUGGGUUCUAUUCCCGGCCUUCGGAUACUAGAGCUCGACCAAAAUCCCUUGGGCGGCCCGAUCCCUUCUUCCUUGGGGAAUCUCCGGCUGCUCGAGAACCUGGUUCUCAACAAGGCCGCAUUGAAUUCUUCCAUCCCGACAGGUCUGGGAAGUUGCAGGAACCUUAGCUACCUCGAACUGUCCGGCAACCAGCUGACGGGAGAGUUGCCGCUUUCCCUCGCGGGCAUUGGGGCAAUGUCGGAAUUCGGCGUCUCGGACAAUCUUCUCUCCGGCGAGAUUCCGGCGGUCUUCUUCCGCAAUUGGACUCUCCUUAGAUCAUUUCAAAUUCAAAAUAAUUCCUUCACCAGUCUGAUUCCUCCCGAGAUCGGACUGGCGAGGAGCCUCACGACCCUGUUCCUCUACUCGAACAAGCUAACAGGAUCCAUCCCCCAGGAGAUCGGGAAUUUGAUAAAUCUGGAAUCGAUCGAUCUCUCUGACAACUCGCUCAGCGGACAGAUCCCACCUACCAUCGUAAAGCUUCAGCGGCUUACCAAGCUGCACCUGCAAGUAAAUAAUCUCACGGGCCCGAUCCCAGAAGAUAUCGGAAACAUGACGGCUCUCCAGUCAAUAGACCUCGACACCAACCAGCUCAGCGGGGAGAUUCCCACAAGCAUCACCAAACUCAAGAAUCUUUAUUUCUUAAUCCUUUACAAGAACAGCUUCAGAGGCAGAAUCCCACCCGAUUUGGGGAAGAAUGGGCUGUUAGCCAACGUGAGCUUCUCGAUCAACAGAUUAUCCGGCGAACUGCCGCAAGACUUGUGCAAAGGCUACGGGUUAGUACACUUCACUGCAUCCGAGAACAACUUCACCGGACGACUCCCAAGCUGCCUGCGGAAUUGUUCGAAGCUCCAGAGGGUCCGCCUGCACUCGAACCGCUUCUCCGGGGACAUAGCGGAAGCAUUUGGCGUGCAUCCGGAGUUGCGGUACCUGGAACUCACGGGAAACCAGUUGACCGGCGAGCUCUCGCCGGAUUGGGGACGAUGCGUGAAGCUCGAAUCUCUUCUGCUUGGUGGCAAUAGAAUCACCGGGAAGAUCCCUUCGGUGCUUUUGAGCUUGCCAGAGCUACGAAACGUGGAUUUAUCUUCCAAUCUCCUCACAGGAGAGAUCCCCCCCCUCCUGGGCAAUUCGAGCAAGGUGUUUAGUCUCAACCUGAGCCACAAUCGGAUCUCCGGCGAGAUUCCUCCGGCGAUCGGCGACCUCUCCGAGCUCCAACAGCUGGAUUUAUCCGGCAACAGGCUUCUCGGCUUAAUUUAA